CGUAUGUGACAGGUUAGAGCAACCAGGAUUCGCCUUCCACGCUUGUAUCUCUUCAUCCUUUCUGUCCGCAACAAUGAUCUUCUUGCGGGCUUCUCUUGCGCUCCUCGUCGUGUCCGUCGCGGCUCUCUUCUGUGCUCAGUCGGUUGAGGCUGCUAAAGGCCCAAAAAUCACCCACAAGGUCUACUUCGACAUCAAGCAAGGCGAUGAGAACUUGGGUCGCAUUGUAAUGGGUCUUUUCGGUGGAACCGUCCCGAAGACCGUCGAGAACUUCCGCGCUCUCACUACUGGCUUCCGCAAGGAUGGUACCCCUCUUGAAGAGGGUAUGGGCUACAAGGGCUCCAAAUUCCACCGUGUCAUCAAGAACUUCAUGAUUCAAGGCGGUGACUUCACCCGUGGCGAUGGAACUGGCGGAAAGUCUAUUUACGGCAACAAGUUCGCGGACGAGAACUUCAAAUUGAAGCACACCGCACCUGGCACUCUCUCCAUGGCUAACGCAGGCAAAGACACGAACGGCUCUCAAUUCUUUAUCACUACCGUUGUCACCAGCUGGUUGGAUGGCAAGCAUGUCGUGUUUGGCAGGGUCCUUGAGGGCAUGGAUGUCGUCGAUAUCAUUGAAAAUGUCGCUAAGGGUUCCCAGGAUCGUCCCAAAGUCGAUGUAGUUAUUGCCGACAGCGGCGAGUUGCCGCUUGACCUCGAAGUCGACGAAAACGGAAAAGAGGUGCCUCUCCACGCUGAGCUCUAGCUGCCCCUUCUUUACGCCCUGUAUGAGCUUUCGUACGAAUAAAAUGCCCUUUUUUGGUUUUUGUCCCCC